AUCAUAGAGGGCGCUAUCAACAAGAUGAUGAAGCGUCUUGGGAUUUUUUGAGAAAUUCCGAUCAAACCUCACACGAAGGCUUCAAACAUAAUUAGCGCACGUGGACGAGCGCUUUGUGACGCCCUUCCCAAUCCUUACCUGACCUAUAUAUACUGAUAAUUAUGAUCGAUCUAUCGAUCUUACUAUCGAUUACAUUAUGUGGGAUCUAUAAGUUCCACCCCAGACUCUGAUCCCGUGCCAUAUCUGCUCCUCCCCAUUCAUUCCACUUCCCACGUCGGAGUAUUGCAUUCCCCCGUGGUGCGAGAUAAUUGUCUAUUUAAUAUCGUUCACAAACGAAGCAGAGAUGAAGGACGUCUGGUAACGUAAACACGUCUCGUGUGACAAUAGUUUGAGGGCCAUAUAGGUCGCCGGCUGUCUUCCAGAGCCGUAUUUGUAUUGAGACGUGAGCGAGUCAAUGCAUGAAAACAGCCGUAAUCAUACCGUUCAGUCUGAUCAAACAUCCGGGUGCGACCACGGUACACUCCUCGCUGCUCGAACCUAUCAAACAUCAUCUUUCGGCAGAAUGCGGCUGAUCAAAGUGGCAACCGUUGCUCUGGCUGGUGCUUCAUGUUAUGUCGGAAUUCUAUUAAUCUACACCGUAUUGACGCAUACGAAUGGUUCAAGUCUGCAGCCUCGUUCACAGCAGGAUACUAAUCACGUGAUCAGACAUGUUGAGGGAUUUGCCCAAGCCGGGAGCGAGAAUGCACCUAUGAACGGAAGUGACAUCAUUCGUAAUGAUCGCAACCGGAAGUCCACGUAUGAUGAUGCUCGUGCUCAUGCGCAAAAAGAAGAAAACGUCACUUUCAGCAUUAAGCCCGCCCUCAUCGAUAUCGAUCAAGCCAAAUUAACCACUGACGCCCUCUACCGGCAACUCGUCGUCGUGACUGCAUUCUCACAGAACCACUACAAGGAGGCUUUGGGUAUGAUAGGUUCUGCCCAACAGACCAUGCCCAACACACGUAUAGUGGUAUACGAUCUCGGUAUCCAAGAAAGUUACAAAGAUAAGGUCCGAGCGUUAUGCAAUGUGGAAUUACGUCCUUUCCAGUUCAACAAGUACCCAGCCUUUGUCAAGAAAGUUCUUACCUUUUCUUGGAAGAUCAUCAUCAUCAAGGAAGCUGUUAAUGAGUUUGGCGUAGUCUUCUGGGCCGAUGCAUCCGUCAGAUUCAGACAACCUCUAAAAGCACUCCUUCCUUUCGCCCAGGAUCACCAUGGUUACCUAUCACGUAUCCAUAGCUACAAGGCCGACACCAAAAGUCCCAUUAAGCACAACUUUUACUACACACACGAGCUCAUGUACAAGUGGCUCGGAGUCGACAAGGAGAAAUAUGCCAAGUCGUCUUACGCCCCUCACGUGGCGGCGAACCGACAACUGGUUAUCAACAGUUCCACCGUUCAGCAGAACUUCUUACGACCGCUGUACGCUUGCGCAAUGGACAAGAACUGUAUCGUUCCCCCUGGUUCUAAGCACGGGCGACACCGCUACGACGCGUCUGCGCUGAUGCUAGUGAUUCACAAGUAUUUUCCUGGGGAGUUUAGUCGAGAAAAUGACCACUUGAAGGACUUGGAUGAAGUCAUUUAUAUGCAUAGAAAGUCGAAUGAUUGGGAAACUGCAAGGAACUGUUAAAUUUAGAACUUAAAUCAAAAUUUAUUAACGAAAUUUCUACUGGCGCUGGCCAAGCUGAAGUACUUAAGACAAUACAAUAUUAUUUAAACAAUUGGUCUGGACUUUAAUAUACUCGUUACCGUGGUCUCCAAACUGCACGCGCGCAUAACUUAAAGGGAAGAUACAACAUUUGCAAAAACAUCAAAAAACGAAAUGAUCAAAUUAUCACGAAAAACCUUACGCGAUUGUUGGGGGAUGACAGCCUAAAGCAUCCUGUAAAAUCGUGUCUCCUGGUGUGCUGACAUUUUCAAGAAAAAUUGUAUUUUCCCAAUGCUGGUCGGCCGACGAGCGUUGGAGAAAACUGGUUUUUAUCAAAAACCGCUCCGAAUUUUUCAUAAAAGUUGUUCCGCAUUCUCUUUGCAAUUGAUUACACACCUGUGAAAGGGUACAAGCCUGCCAGACUGAUUCUCUGACCUUACAAUUCCC